UCCCACCAUAGUUCAUUUGAUUGCUCCUAAACCCCUAAGAAACCUCUCUCUCUGUAGCCAUGGAGAUGCACGAUUCGUUACAGAUCCACAGAUUACCCCAAUCGAAGUACGUAGACGGAGUCAGAUGGCUCCCACAAGCCUCCGCCUUGAACCGUUUCUUCGCGGCAGCCUACCACGACCCGGACUCCGAAUCUUCGUCGAUCGAGAUCCAAUCUCUCGACCCGAACCCGAACAAUAGCCCCUCGGUCGUGUCGCUAUCCUCGUGGACUUCGCCUUCACGCGUUUCGUCGCUCGAAGUCGUUGGCGGCGGCUCCUUCAAGCCUAUGGUCUCCGCGGCCACGUCAUCCGGCUCGGUCCAUGUACUGAUGGUUGAUUUGGUGGAAGGAGGUGUGAUUGGAGAGGUUUACGCGGCGGAGGGGGAGAGGUUCCAUGUGGGACGCGUGGAGGGUGUGGAUUGGAGGGAGGGGGGAGAGUGUGUGACGGUUGGGGAUGAUGGGAGAGUGAAUGUGGUGACGGUUGUGAAUGGUGGUGAAGGGUUGAGGUACAGGAGGGUGUUUGAUGGGAAUGGGCUUGUGGGUUAUAGAGCUGUGAAGUGGGCUUCUCCGAGUGAGUUUGUUACUGGUGGGUAUGGUUUUGGUUUGCAGCUGUGGGAUCAGAGGAAGGCUGGUGAAGCUGUCUCGCAGCUGAAAGGGAGCUGGUUUCAAGGAAAAACUUCUGCAAUUGUUCACUCCAUUGAUAUUCAUCCAUCACGAAAGCACACUUGCAUUGCGGGAGGCUCUUCUGGUACUGUGUUUGCUUGGGAUCUUCGCUGGCCUAAACAGCCUAUCGUCCUCUCUGGUGUUGGGGCAAGUGAGGGUAUAAACAAUCCUCUGUCUGAAAGUGAGGUAUGGGAAGUUCAGUAUGACUCAUACACAAAAUCCAACAUCUCGUCCUCAAGGAUUCUCCCUGUUAUGACCUGCUCUGAAGACGGGAUCCUUGGUGUCAUCGAGCAAGGGGAAGAACCGGUCGAGCUUCUGGCUGAACCUUGUGCGAUAAACAGUUUUGACAUCGACAGACAGAAUCCACAGGAUGUGAUAUGUAGCUUAGAGUGGGAAUCCAUAGCAGUCUUCUCAAGGCCUUAGCAAAGAAAAUCAGGUCAUCAAUGAAGGAAAGCGAGGAAGGUGGUAGUAAUAGAUGGUGAGAGACAAGUUUAAGGACAGAGUUUGUAUUCAUCUAACAAUCUGUGCACAAACAGAGUUUGUAUUCAUCUUAAGUUUGUGAUCUCAAAGAUUUGGAGUUAUGGCUGGAAUUUUACUUCUGAAA